CUGUUACAUUCAGGGAAGCAGCAAUUCUUUCGGUUCGUUCUACCAUCGCCACACUACACGCUUUCUUCCUUUCUCCUGUACGCCACACUCUGAUAGUGCGCAUUCUUUUCCACCAUUGUUGAGAUUCACAUUUGCCCCUUCAGGCGCUCGUUGCCGAGUCUGUACUCGUGCUUGCUUGAGGCUAUGGCAGGAGGCCAGGCGACCUUGYGUACARGCACGGCGUGCGAGCCACUAGUGCUUCUGUUGCUUGUCUUGCUGAGCUUGGACGGCUAUGGCRGCGGCGUGAAAGCCKCURCGGGCGGCGUGGCAGCUACCGAGGCAGGUCGCRGCUUGUCCACCUCGACGCCCACAGCUGAAGCUCGGUUACGAGCGGCGAUGAMGAACCCCAACACGACGAUUGUGCGACUGACAUCUGACAUYCGUCUGACGUCUGAUCUUCCCUACGUGACCUGCCCUAAUCUGACAGUCAUCGGGAACUGCACGACAGACUCCGGACAGCCGAGGCUCUGCCAGAUCGACGGUGGACAGCGGUUCGGCGGGUUUGCCGGCUCCGAGGAGCUGAUCAUCCUGACGCUGCAGAACCUGUUGAUGUCCCACUUUACUCUUUCGAAAGAGGACGUGAGCUCCGUCAUCGCCGUCGGGGGCACCAUCGUUGUCAAGAACUGCSUGUUCCAAAACAACACUGGCGACCACCRAGGUGGACUUUUUGGCGCGUUCAYGGGUACYGUCACCAUCGAAAACUCCAUGUUUAUUGGCAACAACCGUACGGUGAUUGGCGGUAUGUUUGGUAAUGUCUAUCYGAAGGAGGUCGUCUUUCGAUCGAACAUAGGURGGCCGGUGAUCUCUCUAUAUMGAGCAACGGUGGACGGCGAAAGAUGCKAGUUUGCGGCCAAUGCGGGAGGUGCGGUGUCUGUGUUCAUAGGCUCCCUUASGUUUAUAARCUCUUCGUUCGUGAAUAACUCUGGUGGUGCCGUCAGCGCUGAGGACGCAUCGGCUACGUUGUGCUACUGUCAAUUUGAAGGGAACUAUAUGAUAUCGGAGGAUGGAGGGAAGAGGGAGGUGGAACACGUGUACUAUAGUUGGGUGACUUACGAGGCAAGGCUUCUGUUCUGCAAGCAGCGGCCUCAAGUCGGAGUGCACGUGGGGUCGCCCAACGGCUCCGACCUCGAUUUCUCCGUCAAAGACUCCUGCGAGCAGUGUCCAAAAUGAUGAAACCAUCGUCGUUCCAAGCACUACUUCAAGGUCUCCUGCCAGGAGUGCACUUGGAGUCGCCCUACCAUAUCCUAUCUUCAUCU